GCGGGAAGCAUUUGAAACUGGGUUCGGUUCGGUCACACCAAUGGUAUCCGGGCAGACUCGAAACAUUCGAUACUCUAUGAAUGCUGACCGUGCGUUCAAGAUCGUACGGCAGGAGAUGCUGAAUCACGGCAAGGUGUACGGCGAGCGCGACGAGGAGAUUCCCCUCAGUCAAGAGGAUCUGAAAAAGGUGGACCGAGCAACCAAUUUCAACCAGCUCUGGGACGUUGUGCAACAAGGCUUCUUUGUCUUCACCCCGUGCAAGAGCACUGCCUUCCCUGACAAGGUGCUCAACGGCACUCGCCUUACAAUCACCGCCACCGACCCCGGGCAGGAGUUUGCGAUCCGCACACCGCUGACGCCCAGCCGGUGGCGAGACUUUGAUAUGGAGAUGGCUGCAGCGUGGAAGGACAUCUGUCUGUCAGUGGCCCACACGUCUCUCCGUGACUCGGACCCGCAGGCCUACCGCAAGGCGAUUCAAGACAACAUCCUCAGAAUGGCUUACUACUGGUACAACUUCAUGCCAUUGGCACGUGGCACUGCCAUGAACGGCUAUGUCAUGACCCUCGCCCUGCUGCUGGCUGUUGACCUGCAAGUCUCACAGCCCAUUCCCAGGGGCGUGCAG